AUGUCUGUACCCAAGAUUGUCACCCGCGCCUUGGGCAAAGACGGCCCUCAAGUCCCUCGUCUUGGCCUCGGUCUCAUGGGCCUGAGCGGCCACUAUGGCCUGCCUGCUCCGGACGAAGAGCGUUUUGCCUUUCUGGAUAAGGCGUACGACAUGGGCGAGAGAUUCUGGGAUACUUCCGACAUGUAUGGCGACUGCGAAGACCUCCUCGGCAAGUGGUUCGCCGCCAACCCAGACAAACGCGAAAACAUCUUUCUCGCCACAAAGUUUGGCAUCAUCCCCGAAAAGGCAGGCAUCAAGGUCGACUCUUCUCCAGAGUACUGUCGACAGGCCCUCGAAAAAUCCCUCAAGCGCCUCGGGCUGCCUUUCGUCGACCUCUUCUACAUUCAUCACCUGGACAAGGUCACCCCCAUCGAAAAGACAAUCAAGGUCAUGGCAGAGCUCAAAAACGCCGGCAAGAUCAAGCAUCUUGGUAUAAGCGAAUGCAGCGCCAACACUCUUCGCCGCGCUUCCGCCAUUCAUCCCAUUACUUGCGUCCAGAUGGAGUACAAUGCGUUUACUUUGGAGAUUGAAGAUCCCCAGCGCCGUUUCCUCGAGACUUGCCGCGAGCUCGGCACCGCCGUCGUUGCCUACAGCCCGCUCGGCCGAGGCCUCCUCACGGGAAGUAUUCAGUCCAAGGAGGACAUCACCAAAGAAGGCGACAUGCGAUCAAGGCUGCCUCGAUUCAGCGGCGAAAGCCUGGACAAGAACCUCGCCAUCGUCGCAAAAAUCAACGAAAUCGCAAAGACCAAGAGCGCUACUCCAUCGCAGCUGGCAUUGGCCUGGCUUCUUGCGCAGGGCGACGACAUUUUUGGCAUUCCCGGCACCACUCGGGUCCACAGGCUUCGUGAGAAUCUGGACGCCAUGAGCAUUGAGUUGUCGGCGGAGGAAGAACGGGCUAUCCGUGACGUGGCCAAGGAUGUCACCGGCCCUCGCAUUCCCGACGGCUUCCCUGGCGUGAAUCUCUUCGGCGACACGCCACCGCUUGAGGCUUAA